CAUCGAACAACGACCACUCUCUCUUCCAAGUGACUCAGCUAGCUUACAGCCAUCACCAUGGCUCCUUUCCCAUCCCCAACGUCCACUUGGCACGAUAACACCUACCCAACUCUAUCUCCCACCCGUCCCGAGCUUUCUGCCAAUGGCAAGUCCGUCCUAAUCACGGGAGGAGGUACUGGCAUUGGUGCCGAGACCGCUCGCUACUUCGCCGAAGCAGGAGCGUCUCGAAUUGCCCUCCUUGGCCGCAGGGUGCAACCCCUUCUCGACACCAAGGCCUCCAUCGAGAGCAUGAACUGUGCCGUCGAGGUGUUCGUGGCCUCGACUGAUAUCACGAACAAGGGCCAAGUUGACGCGACCAUUUCCAAGUUCGCCAGCGAUGGCAAGAUCCACGUGUUGGUCAGCAACGCGGCCAUGGUUGGACCUCAGGAGUCGCUGAGUGUCGUGGACCCAGACAAGCUCGUCGAAGCCGUCGAGCGCAAUCUCAAAGGAUCAACGUACGUUGCGCAAGCAUUCCUCCGCUACGCAGCCACCGACGCAGUCGCGAUCGAGGUUUCUUCGUCUGCUGCACACGUCAAUUUUGCCGACAUGUUUGCUUCAUAUAGCAUCGCCAAGUUUGCCGUGUACCGGCUUUGGGACACUGUGGCCUAUAUACGCCCGGAUAUGAGUGUUUUCCAUGUCCAGCCGGGCGUGGUGGACACCGCUAUGAACAGGGAAGCCGGUGGUGUGGCUGCAAUGGGCUUUUCCGAUGACGUUUCACUGCCAGCAAGCUUCCAUGUAUGGCUCGCAAGUCCCGAAGCGCGUUUCCUCAAGGGCAAGUUUCUAUGGGCAAAUUGGGAUGUCGAUGAACUCAAGGCCCGAGCCAAAGAGAUCGAGGAGGGCACGCUACUCAGCAUUCAACUUGUCGGGUGGCCGUUUGGUGGUACUUUCGCCUUACCUGAAACGUCACUGUGGGCAGAGAAGUAGGAGGCAAGUGAAUGGAAUAGUUUCUGCUAGAAGAAAACAUGUCCGGAAAGGAUAGAUGAAACAUGAUGCCACGGCGCUAGUUGUUGCGACCAUGCAGAUCCCAAAUCGUUUCCCAUCAUUCACACCCCAUUCACCAGUUCUAGCAUCAUAGGUGGGAGUGGGUGGCCUAACGUCCUCAGCCUCACCUCGCUCGUAUUCACAAAAGUACGUACACG